UAUACUAGUCGACGAAAUUCGUCAGGGAUGUUGAAGUCUUACGCAUAGGAGGGUUUUGCGUAAUUAUAUCGUAUAUAUUUUAUUUAUUAUUUUUUUAACAAUUUUAUUUUUUUCAAAGAUAUGUCAUCUUCAAGAGGUGCGGAAAAUACCAAGUGUUUAGACCAGCUGAAUAAAUUUGAGAAACUGACAGGGAGGCCUUCAUUGCGAGCUUCAGGCUCUAAGAAGAAAGUACGGUGGCUCCCGGCUAGGAGAAUCUUCAGUCAACCUUGCCUCAGCCUAAGGAUACCUAACAGGUUUUUGAGAGAAGGUCAUUCUGCACCCCCUGCUAGAAGUGGACAUCGAUGUGUUGCUAAUGGCUCCAGUUUAUAUGUGUUUGGAGGCUAUAAUCCAGAUUAUGAUGAGUCUGGAGGAUCAGAAAAUGAAGACUAUCCUUUGUUUAGAGAGCUAUGGCGAUAUCAUUUUGCAACUGGUACAUGGCAACAAAUGAGAACAGAAGGGUAUAUGCCCAGAGAACUAGCUUCAAUGUCAGCUGUUUUACAUGGAAACAACUUGCUGGUGUUUGGUGGGACAGGGAUUCCAUUUGGAGAGAGUAAUGGAAAUGAGGUUCAUGUAUGCAAUGUUAAGUACAAACGAUGGUCUUUGCUCAAUUGUCGUGGAAAAAAGCCAAACCGUAUAUAUGGACAGGCUAUGGCAAUCAUUAAUGGCUAUCUGUAUGUAUUUGGAGGCACAACUGGCUAUAUCUACAGCACAGACUUGCAUAGAUUGGACUUGACAACUAGAGAAUGGAUUCACCUCAAACCGAACAAUUCUCCUGAUGAUCUUCCGGAAGAAAGGUACAGACAUGAAAUUGCUCAUGAUGGACAGCGAAUAUACAUCUUGGGUGGAGGAACUUCUUGGACUUCAUAUCCUUUAGAUAAGAUACAUGCCUACAAUUUAGAAACAAAUUCAUGGGAAGAAAUAACAACAAAACCUCAUGAGAAAAUUGGUUUUCCAGCAGCAAGAAGAUGUCACAGUAGUGUCCAGAUAGGAAAUGAUGUGUUUAUAUGCGGCGGUUAUAAUGGGGAACAAAUACUGGGAGACCUUUGGAAGAUAAGUUUGCAAACAUUUCAGUGGACAAAGCUACCAGCAGUUAUGCCUGAACCUGCAUAUUUUCACUGUGCAGCUGUAACACCUGCUGGUUGUAUGUAUGUCCAUGGUGGAGUAGUUAACAUUCAUGAAAACAAGAGAACUGGUUCACUGUUUAAAAUCUGGCUGGUCGUGCCCAGUUUGUUAGAACUUUGCUGGGAGCAGCUUCUGAAGUCUUUCCCCCAGCUUGUACAGCUGUCCACAGUGCAGCUCCUUAACCUCGGUCUCACACAAGAACUAAUUGAGAGAUUGAAAUAAAGGUUUUGGACUGCUUUAUAAUAACUAUACAUUUGCAGCAAGGAUAGACUUAACAGCAGUGGACUGGAAGAAGCUCGUGGCCCCCCGUCUCUCCUCUUUCGGAAAGAUGACGAGUUCUGAGCCUUACUCUACAGAAACAUCAGAUGCCUUUGUUUUUAUUUUUUGCACUUCUGCAUUAAUUGUGAUCCCAAUGGAAACCGCCUGCCUGUAACCCUCGCAUACAACUCCUCAUCUCCUACUCAAGUUUUGUUUACUGUGAAACACAAGGUAGCCAGCAUUGAUGAAGACUACACCGUCAAGUUGGGGUGCUUUUCUCUUUUCUUUUAUUCCUUGUUUCAUGUUUACAUUAAGUUUUACUUCUGUUUUCCCAAGUAGAAAUAUUGCCGGUUUUAAAGAUGACUUUGGUGACACUGGAUGAAAAAACUGCUUUUAUUUUAACAACUUUCUUUUUUUUUUUUUUUAAUUUGAAAAUGAAUUCUAGGAAUAAUAUCUACAUACUGUACAAAAUAUGGAUUGUCAAAUUGUAGGAAAAAAAGACCUGAAAUAUUUGACCUGGUAAUAAGUCUUCCUAAUUUGUUUUUUGAUAAUUAUUUAUUUUUUGGGAUACAGUGGCACUCCUACACUCACUACAUUUCUCUUCCCCCAAAA